AAGUAUUCGCAUCCGAACUCUGAAGACAAGCAUGAAUAAUUCUCCUCCCCUUUAAAUCUGUGUAAUUCCUUUUUGUUCACAACCACGACGAUUAUCCAUGGCAAAGCAUGGCCCAGCAUCCUUUCAUCUCGCGCCCAUUCCUUCCAACAAAAAUGAUUUCAAGGAGAUAGCGACACCUAAAUCAUCACAUAGAAAAAAGUUUGACCCAAACACCCCCAUUUCCAGGAAGGCCUCUGGGAUUAUGCCAUUCACUUCGUUGCACUACUCAUGCGAUAUCAGAAUGCCUGAGAUGGCUCGUGAAAUCCACUUGAAAUGCAGACCACUCGAUCCGCAGACUUUUCUGAACAAAUUCUUUCCGGAUAAAUACCCCAAUAGACCUAAUGUAGACGUUGUCGCUUUUACGGCCAUCUCAAAAAUGCGUGUCGAGGUGGAUAUGUACGUUCCGUUGAUAAAUGAUCUGGCACCUUUUUGCUUGCAGCCUGUGGACACCCAUGCUAUUCCUGAUACCGGGUCGGGUAUUUUUAAGCCUGAUAUUUCGGCAUACAAGUCUAACGAAACUGUCGAACUGGCCACGCAGUUUUCCCGUAUGGAAACCCACAUCGAGGUAAAAUUAUCAGCCGCAGAUGACGCGUUCCACGACAAUAGUGUCUUUUUCGAAUCCGAGUCCCUUUCAAGUCACAUCAUACGCAAACACACAGAUGGUUUUUCAGCACCGUAGCCAUCUGUUCACCGUCUUAAUCUGUGCAGACGGAGCUAGAUUGCAUCGCUGGGACUGCUCGGGUGUUGCCGUGACCCAUUCUUUCCUAUUUACAAGAGUUAUUUUGGCGCUUGAGCAGCUCUGAUGCUGCUGCUCGCGGUUGGGACACCUCCGUUAUGGAGCCUACUGUCAACGAAGACUAUAGGGCUCGUCGUGAACUGACUGGUCUUAAGCGUAACGAGACACUAUACAAGUUCGCUGUUUACGACGACAACGACCGGGAUGCUGAACCCAGCUUUGUCAUCGCAGGUCAGCCUUUCACACUGGGUCAUGCAUCUCCUACAGGUCGCGCCUUCCGUUGUUAUAUCGCAUAUGAU